AUGGCAAGAGAUCAUACUUCCAAAUGCGAACUGGAAGUAAGAAUCAACAUUGCAGAUGAUCCAAAUGACUUGCUUGCUAUAUACAGAGAAAACAAUGCUUUUUUUCAGGAGGUUAUUUCUAAGCUACUCAACUUGAGAAAAUACAGUCACUUUUCUAUCGUUUGGAGCGAAGCAUCGGCUAUUCUCAGUCAAGAUUCCAGAUCUCUCAUUCUGGCGCUGAAUUUAAUAAGAUGUAAUGCAAAAGAGCUGUGCCAGGCUGAGGAGGCUGAUUUUCUAAUCAGAAGCUUGCUAGAUCUUGCUUUGCAGUACUCGAAUACGUUUGAAGCAUUUAAAAUUUGCCAAACAAUUUCCGAGCUGAUAGUUCAGAACAAGCAAUUUCCAUCAAAAGCCAUGGCAAUUCUCUAUUUUCAAAUCAUUUCGUCUCUUUUUAAAGCCAGCAGCAAUGCUUAUUCGUACCUUAAUGCUCUUCAUCUUCUGAACGAAUUGGAGCCCAUAAAUAUUAGGAAGGGGGAGUUUGAGUUCUUGAAGGAGUUGGCAAUGGCUAAAUCUGAGCCCUUUGCGAAGGAUCUGUUUUGCGAUAUUAGACCUAGAGAAGUCAAUGCCAUUUCAGUAGGUCUCGAGACCUCUGAAUAUGUUUUUGAUGAAAAAAUUCGUUGCAUUCUCGAUGCUUUUAAAACGGGAAGUAGCCUUGAAAAUUCAUUCUCCAAUGUUGCCUUCCUACUUAAAAAUUCUAUUCCUUUUACAGUUGAUCAAAACAUCGUAAAACUUCAGAAAGCUUCGAGUGAGGGGUUCACUUCAAUCAUUUUUAAUAUUACGAACCAGUACGUACCUGACAUCAUUGCUCAAGAGCCUGUGGAUAUGCAAACCAAGGAGCCUAUUGAGAAGAAGAAAGCUAUUGUGGCAAAAGACAAGGAAGAAGUAGUGGUGCCCACAAGAUCCAAGACUGAAUUUAAGAAUAGAUUUACUGUGCCGUAUAAAAGGUCGAAAUUAUUUAAAAUGUACAUGCCUGUUAGGUUUGAAGAUAUCCAUUAUAGCGAGAGAAAUGCUAGAAGAGAAGAGUUUAACACCAGUCAGAUGGACGAAAAGUUGAGGGAGAGAGAGUUUCUUCUUUCUUACAAGGACGUUGUCGAAGAUCUUAUUAAUGAGCUGAGGAGACUGCAGGAGACAAAGGCAAACAACGAAAGGCAAGUUUUACUUGAGAAGGCUAAGGAAGAUGAGGAAAGAAUUAGGCAAGAGCAAAGAUCAAAAAUGUGGAGAGUGCAAGGCAAGACAGAGCAACAAAAUUUGGAAUGCCUAGAAAAUAAAUCUUCGGUGAACUUCAUUGCUCGAAGUACAGGCGAGCCUAUCCAUGAUGGAAUUUACGUUCCAAAGUUUUCAACACUGAACUAUACGUCAAGCAAUAUUGCAGAAAUAGCUGAGAAAGCAGCAGAAAGUGCCUAUCGUCCGCCCAUUCAUUUUUCAUACAAAAAAGAUGUAGAUAAAAAAGAGUCAGUCGAGCAAGGGUCUUGGAGGAAGAAGAGGUUAGAAAAUACAAAAAAUUAA